AUGUCAAAUCGCUUUGAUGAAAUAUUUUCAAGCGAAAUAGAUCGUUUGUUGGAUGAGAAUAGUGAAUCAGAGAUAGACUCGGAUAAUGAAAGUGAAAGUGGCGACGAACUUGUAAAUAUUGCACUUGAGGACUUCCGUAGUGACAUUGAAGACGAGAGUGUAAGCUUAGAGGAGGUAGGAUGCAAUGGCAGUGUUUCAUUUAUUGAUGAUUUAGGCCUAGAUGUAACUGAAGAGAAUGAUUUGCCUCAGCCUAUGUUAGGCCUAGAAAUAGGCCUACCGGUAACUGAGGAAAAUGAACUCCCUCAGCCUAUGUUAGGUCUAGGUGUAACGGAGGACUUGUCUCAGCCUAUGGAUAUUGAAGUAGGCCUAGGUGGCGAAGGAGAGCGUGGCCAAGCCAGAAAACUUGGAGACAAUCCUAGUGCUUUCCAGUGUCUGGAGGCAUUUCUGGGAGAAGAAUUUUUUGCCAUGGUUUGCCAGGAAACUAAUGACUAUGCCGCAACACAACUGGCCAAACCUAACCGAAGAAAAAAAUUUGAUGACGAUAAGUGGCAACCGCUAACCAUCCCUGAGCUAAAGGCCUAUUUUGCCUUAUAUAUUUUGAUGGGUCAAGUGAGAAAACCCACCAUAAAAAUGUACUGGACAUCCAGAAAAAUACUUGAAACACCCAUAUACGCUGAGGUGAUGACAUACCAGCGCUUCAAACUUAUUUCAAGAUUUCUUCAUUUCGCAGAUGAAGAGUUUGCUGAGCAAGGAGACAAGCUUAAGAAGCUGAGGCCUGUUAUAUCCUACAUGCAAACAAAGUUUAUGCACACCUACACUAUGAAUCAGACUCUAGCGAUCGAUGAAAGUCUUGUGAAGCUAAGGGCACGGUUAUCAUACGUUCAGUUCAAUCCCAAAAAAAGGGCCCGUUUUGGCAUAAAAGUUUAUAAACUUUGUGAAAGUGCUAGUGGUUAUUGUGGUGAUUUCAAGAUAUAUACAGGAGAUGAUAAGGCUCCUAACAUCCCAGCUAGUGAAGCUGUGGUUAUGCAAUUAGCUGAUUCAGUACUUGAUUUAGGCCAUAUUUUGUAUAUCGAUAACUGGUACAGUUCUCCUGGGUUAUGUAAGCGGGUGUUAGAGAGAAAAACACAUGUUGUAGGCACAGUAAAUCUAGAAAGAAUUAACAUGCCAGAAGAAUUUGAUUCUGCAAAUUUGGAAAUAGGGCAAGCGAUUCGUCGAAGCAAGGAUGGCAUCCUAGCUGUGAAAUGGAAGGAUAGGAAAGAUGUACAUGUUCUUUCAACAAUACAUGCUGGAAUUGAAAUGACUGUAGAUAAAGUGAUUCAAAGGAAAGGUAUAGUGUCGGAAGUGAUAAAGCCCAAAAGUGUGAUAGAAUACAAUAAGGGUAUGCUUGGUGUAGAUGUACAGGACCAGAUGUUGGCCAGCCAUCCCAUCAUGAGAAGAACUAUAAAAUCAUACAAAAAAACUGUUUUUUUAUCUGAUGGACAUGGUAAUUUUUAA